AUGAUGUUCCCCAGCCUCAUCGCCCCUCCAGCCGUCUACCCCAGCCUCCUCCGGCCGACCCCCACCCUCACCUUGCCUCAGUCUCUGCAAUCAGCUUUUUCCAGCCAUUCCAGCUUCCUGGUGGAAGAUUUGAUCCGGAUCAGCAGGCCCACCAGUUACCUGCCCAGGACUGCCCCCCCGUCCAGCAUGUCUCCCCCGACCUCGGCGGCCAGGACGGACUCGGGGACGCCGGAGCUCCCCAGCUCCACCACCGCCGGCUCCAGGAGGAUCUGUUCGCCGCAGACUUCAAGCAGCGACUCCACUUUCCUGAAGUUUGGAGUCAACGCCAUUCUCUCCUCCGCCCCCCGAGCCGAAACCUCCCCUGCGUUGCUUCAGAGCGUCCCGCCAAAGACUUUCUCCUUUCCGUACUUUGAAGGAUCCUUCCAGCCCUUUAUCAGAUCUUCCUAUUUCCCAGCUGCCUCUGCCGUGGUCCCCAUCCCUGGCACCUUCUCCUGGCCGCUGGCUGCCCGCGGGAAGCCCCGCCGGGGGAUGCUGCGCCGCGCCGUCUUCUCCGAUGUGCAGCGCAAAGCGCUGGAGAAGAUGUUCCAGAAGCAGAAAUACAUCAGCAAACCCGACAGGAAGAAGUUGGCAGCCAAGCUGGGCCUCAAGGACUCACAGGUGAAGAUCUGGUUCCAGAACAGGAGGAUGAAAUGGAGGAACUCCAAAGAGAGAGAGCUCCUCUCUUCAGGUGGCUGCAGAGAACAGACCCUACCUACCAAGUUCAACCCUCACCCAGACCUCAGUGACGUAGGCAAGAAAUGUUCAGGAGAGGAGGAGGAGGAGGAAGUUCCCCCUGUGUGCCCACCCAGCCCCCGGCAUCCCUUAACCUACCACCAGUCCACAGAACAUCUACACCUGAGGGACAGACUGGACUCCCAGAUGUCUCCUUCGCCAUCCCAUUCCAGCAGCCCCAGCAAACCUUCAGACUUCUCAGACUCAGAGGAAGAGGAUGAUGAAGGGGAAGAGGAAGAGGAGGAGAUAACUGUCUCUUAGAUCACUUGCCUGCCCCUACCAUCACAUGGGGACACUGCAAAGAUGUAAAUAAAACAGAGUGCUAUAAAUUGAAGAGGUGAUGUCCCACCCCAAUGUCCACAUGUUUCUUCAGUGCAGGUUCUUUGUCACAUAGUUGCAAGCCUUCCUACUCACUGGUAUUCCUUAUUCGUUGCUCCAUGUGGAGGUUUUCAUAUUCACAGUAUCUGCCAACCUUUUCAUAACUCUCUCUGCUUAACAAUCAAUAUUUGCUCAAUUAGCUUACCUUCUCCCAAAACACAGGCAACAGGCAGCUCCUGGCUUUACAGCAGGGAGGAAAGUAUAGCCUGUUGGAAGGAAAACUUUUUUUCCCCCU